UAAUGCAUCUAUGUACCUCUGCCAGAAUAAUGACUGGUAGCAUUGAACAACGAAAUCAAACUGUGAAACAGCAACUGGCUGAUGUGAAUCAGUUGAAUCACUACAGAUUGCAUGGCUUUACUGUUUUUGUUUUUUUACUUUGCAGAGGAUGUGCACUGUUAACCCUAACGCAGAUGCUGGUAGAUGCAGGUUAACAUUGAAACAGGGUUUCGGAAUGAAGGCUGCUAGAGGGUCGAGUAGGAACUGGGUUCAGAAUCUUGUUUUCAUGAAUCUUCUCAUGAAGCUUAAUCCCUCAGCUAUCGCACGCAUUCCAAUACCUUUGGCUUCGGUAGGUCUUUCUGUCGCUGAGUCAUCACCAGCUCUACUCACGCCACAAAGACGCACACAUCGAAAAAAAUAGGUCACUAGCAAGAAAGAAAAGAAAAGAAAACACCAAGUCUGUCGAUAAGAAACGGAUGUCGUUCUCCUCACUCACGUCGGAAACUCCACCGGAUUCUCAGUUCACCAGCUCAGGUUGUCACUGAUCGACGUGGCAGCGAUGGUCGUCAAUGUUUGUGAAGCUGCUUGAAGUUGCGAUCGACAGUUCGGUUAGUGAGGCUCUCGUCGGUGCGGAGUUAUGAUUUGUUGGGUGCGCGGUGGAGAGAAGUUGGGUUGGGUUGGGUUUGGAGGGGGUGAGGAAUUAGGGCUUCCAUGAGGCAGAAGGUUUUAUCAUGGCUGGUGAGCCGGAUUUUCUCUGGACGGCACUUGGAUUUAGGGGAAAAUUGCUUUGGUUUUGGAGCUUGCAAUCGUGGUCUGGCGGAAGUUACUACCAAGAGGUUUUCGAGGAGUUUUCUUAGUGCAGUGCGAGGGGAGUAUGCUGUGGAAGGGUUUAGGGCCGUGGAAGUGCCAUGGAGUUUUCGGAAUAGUAGGGGGUUUGCUGCGCCUGUGGUGACAGGGGGGAGUGGUGGUGGUAGUAGUAGUAGUAGUAGUAGUAGCAACAUUAAAGGGGGGAAUGGAGAAGGGAACAGAAGCGAUCGGAAGAUUAAUAGGGCGAUUGUGGCUCGGAUGGUUCGAUUGGUUGGGGCUGAUGGGCACGAAAUUUUGAGCCGGUAUGAGGCAUUGAACAGGGCGCAGCAGGAGGGAUUGGACCUAGUGGAGGUGGAUGGGAAGGCGGAUCCGCCGGUGUGCAAGUUGAUGGAUUUUAGCAGGGAGAGGUUUAAGGUGAAGAAGCAGGAGAAGGAUCUUCGAAAGAAACAGCUGGAGAGGCGGAGGCUGGAUGACUUGAAGGAGGUUCGAUUUAGCAGCCGAACGGAACAGAAGGAUUUGGAAAUGAAGGCCGACGUGGUAACCAGGCUUCUCACUCGCGGGCAUCGUGUGAAGUUGGCUGUGCAAUUCCAUGGCAAUGAUAAAGGGGAAGAGGUUGGUGUCGAGCUGCUGGAGCGGGCGAUGAGAUUAUUAGGGGUUGAAGUGAAAGUGGAGAAUGGACCGCGAGUAGAGAAGAUGCGAGCGUGGGUUAUGAUUCGACCCAUUCAGGAGCAGAGGAAUUCAAAAAAUAAAAAGGCUUCGAAAACAAUACGUGAAAUUGUGGAUGCUGAUGAUUUGAAUGAAGAGGAUACCAACAUGAAGGCUGUGAAAGAAGCCGAAGGCUAAGUGCUAAUCCAGAGUGAGCACGCUAAUGCUCUUCCCCAUUCUAAGCUUAGUGCUUCCUAUGUUGCUAAUAGGAGGCGGGUUAUUGAUUGAAUGACUCACUCGCCAAUUAGUUAAUUGAACUCAGAGGAGUGGGAGCCCGAUGGAAAUUGAGCAAACAAUAAACGGCAGGCGCAUGCUUGCUACAUUGCUUGAAGUGGGCGUUUGCACGAUCCAUUGCUAGGGUAACACCGGCAUUUCGAUGCUUAGGAUCGCAUGGCGAGACGGUACUGAGAAAUCUCUGUACGGCUGGCAAUCUUGACCCAGCUGGGUUUCAGAAUCCUCUUUAGAUUCGAUGCUCCUAAGUAGAGGCUGGGUUUGUUCUGGUGCAAAUGCUUAGAGAAGUACUGGAGUGGCAGCUAUUUUGAACUAGGCUGCAGCUUACCCAUGGACACGCCUUUGUAAGUCAGUCAUAUUUAUGGCAGCCUCAAUGCGUUUGUAACUCGUGCUUGGAGAUGCUUUCUUGAAGCAUAGCUCUGUCAGACACGCUUUAAAGCAUACUUGAGAGCAUGGUAUGAGUUGUUACAGGGAGAGAGCUGACGGUGCUUACCUCCUGCUUGCAAUUUUGGAGCUUCAGUUUUACAGAUUCAAUAAGUUUUGAGUAAACCUACGCCUUUUUACUGCAGAGGUCCUCUUUGAAAUUGUUCUGCUCGUAGAACACUUGAAAAUUUCUGUACAAUCUGACCAUCUCUUGGAAUAUUAUCACGCUGCUAUGUAAGUUACUGAGAUCGUUCCUACCUGCA